AACAUUUACUGUCAUGACACCGGCACCGCUCCCAACGUAAACGAAUACUACUCGAGAAGAAGAAGUCGACGGAUGUGACGCAAUUAUUUUGAACGUCUACCGCGCUGAAAGUCUUUAAGUCAAGUGUAUUUUUGAACUUGGAUUACUUUAACACAAUCUUUGUGCGGCACUAUGAAGAGAGUGGACAGAGCUCCAGUUAAAGAUACAGCUAUUCCCACACAUCCUAAUUUAGCAUCUAAGAAAGCAAACGUUAAGACUGACCCUGAGACUAUGAUCAGGAAGAACCCAGCAAAAAGUCUCAAAGGGCCCUCAGUGAGAUAUGGCCUCCAAAGUGAUGUAAAGGAACAAAAUCGUCUUUUGCUGGUAGCGAAUGAAGAUUUGCUGAAACAGAUUUCAGAGUUGAAGGAAAAUGUGUCUGUAUUAGAACAACGCUGCAGCGAUCUUCAAGAAAACAACACUGAAAUUAAGAAACAGCUCAGAGACUGUCAUGUACUUCUCAUUGAAGAAAACCUUGAUCCAGUUUCAGGGGAGAAAGUUGGUGAAGCAGUAGAACAGCAGGCAGGACAAAGAAAAGAACUCAUGACCAUUUCCCAAAAACUGUUGAGUGAGCUGAAGCUGUUUGAUGAUUUUACAAAAGAGCACAGAACACAUUUAACAGAGGUGCAGAACACCAUGAGAAGUCUUAAAGGAGCCAGAGAAACACUUCACCUGGAAAGAGAAUCAUUUUGCACGUACGCUGAGAACGUGGAGAGAGCACUAGAGGAUGCAGAGAGGCUGUUGAUAGAAUAAAAACACGGUCUUUUGUUUUGGUUAUUUCAAGAAUCAAGAAAUUUUGUGGGCUAUGGUUACUGGUUUCUUUUUAAAUAGUAAAAGUAAAUAGAAAAUAGAUUAGGCUUGUCUUAGUCAUAGUAUCUCAGUAUCCCACUAAACUUGUAUCCAUCCCUCCCAACACCUCCCCCUCAAUAAAUAAACAAAUAAAUAAGU